AGAGAUCAACAUCGCUAUGACCCGGCCUUUGACGCCCCUGACCCCAGCUAUGACCCUUGUAGUGACCUUUGCCUUGCUCGUGGCCUUGACCUCACAAGUUGAGGCCAAGUGUGACUUUCCGGAUUUUCUUCAGAUAAAGGAUCCCUGGGCGGGAGACUACCGGAAUGGGCUCCUGGUGGCUUAUGUCAAACAAAGCUACAUCCUGCUCCGGGAGACUGUAGAGGGAGGCAACUUCAUCUCGUUCCGGCGCGAAUGUCGUCAGAAGGUACCAGACAACAAGUACCUCCUCAUGCACAAGGAGAAGGAUCAGAAAAAAGAGUGUGUGCCCAAAGGCUUACCGGAGCAGGCGGAGCACAGAGCACACUGUGUAACACACUGGACACAGGGGCCCUACACAUUCGUCGUGCUCCGACACGCGGAGGAGAGUGACAAGUGGUUCUGCCUGAGAACUUCUGAUCCUUUGAGCAACAUCCAGGAUGCCUACCUGUGGAUGGAGGUGGUCAUUGAUACGUCCGAAGAGCCGGACAUCAAGACGUCACGGAACUAUCUGAAACUGCAACUGACCAACAGGAUCUUCUCCAGCACCUGCGCUGACGAGAUAGAGAUCUGUGCGGAGACUACUCACUAUUGUAACAUGGGGUUGAGUCGGUGA